AUGGUGGCUAUAACGACGGCGGAAAGCUGCGAAGGAGAAAACCUCGGAAUGAGCGCUUUCGAAAGGCGUACGUUCCAAGCACAAUUAGCUCUGUCACGGAGAGUGAUUGAAUCGGAUAACUUACACUGCUACACUCUCUCACCUACGACGAGCAAAUUCGUCUAUCGGAAGAGAGGGAAAACUGGCGAAGCCUCGUCAAUCACACAACACCCUAGGGGGGAUGUUUUGCUCUGCUGA